AGAAGGGGUUCAGAUGAUAUUUAAGAGCUCGAAUCUGGAGAAGUUCUAAGUCAGGCAGCCACCUUGCAUUCGAUCUACUUGGUUCUCGCCCCUCAAUUGCAGAAAGUCCUGCAGAAAAAUGAUGGCACUGAAGGUAACCACGUCGCUGAUCUUGGUCCUCCUGUCUGCUGUAAUUUGCACGGGACAUCCUGACGGAGCUGACGACGAGGCCUGCAAAGACCUGUAUCCGUCCCACGGAUACACUGCCAAGAGCGCUGCUGAGGGCCACGCCGAGGGCUACCGUCUCGUCCAAGACACAGAGGACUACAAGCCGGGUGACGUCAUCACAGUGACACUGUCCUCGGAGGCCUCUCCCUUCAUGGGGUUCCUGGUCAAGGCUUUCGACGAGAACGAGAAGGAUGUGGGCUCCUUCAGGAGUACCGGGCCCGACUCGAGGGCAUUCAGCCACUGCGCCGGGAUCACGCACACCUGGAGGGACCUGAAGAAGAGGGUUGUCGUCCAGUGGCUGGCACCAGAAGACAGAUCCGGGAAGGUCCACUUUAAGGUCACAGUCGUCAAACAAAUAAAGGACUUCUACCACGCCAUUCCAAGCACGUUGGCUUAAACCGGCCAAAUGUUUUUACAACAGAAGAACUAAAUAAAGACUAUAAAAGUUCA